CGGCGCCGCGUGCGGGCGCCUGCCCGCGCUCGCUGUGCGCCAUGGAGAGCGGCUUCGGCUCCGACUUCGGCUCCGCGGGCGGCGCCGGCGGCAAGCUGGACGCGGGGCUCAUCAUGGAGCAGGUGAAGGUGCAGAUCGCCGUGGCCAACGCGCAGGAGCUCUUGCAGCGCAUGACGGACAAGUGUUUUCGGAAGUGCAUCGGGAAGCCGGGCGGCUCUCUGGACAACUCGGAGCAGAAGUGCAUCGCCAUGUGCAUGGACCGCUACAUGGAUGCCUGGAACACGGUUUCCCGAGCCUACAACUCGCGGCUGCAGCGGGAGAGAGCCAACAUGUGAAGGGCCUGGACCCCCCGAUGGAAUCUGCGGGGAAGGGGCGAGCGGCCGGGCCGCGGGUCGGGGUGACCYGGCUGCCGUCCCAGCCCCUGCCGCGGCAGAGCAAUAAACCCGCACUGAACCUCUUGCAUCCGUUGGCUUUUGUUAGCACCAGGCCCCACAGUGGGCCUUCCACCUCUUCCAGCCUUCCAAGAGCCCCAGGGAGCUGCUUGGUUGCCCUGGUGCCCUUCCCAGCACUCCRGGCUCGCCGGAGUGGGGAGUGCCUGGACUCAAGUCCUUUAGAAGGGGAUGUAAGAGGCAAAGAAUCUUCUGUGGAAAAGAGAGGCUAAGCCAGUGGUGCUGUCCCCAUGUCCAGAAAGCCAGGGSCCCCUGGAACCCAGAUGGGGGGAGUUAAUCAGUCUCUCUACCAAAAAAAGCUGCUGCAAGAUUCUUCGGAGCAUCUAGUUCCCUGCCUCCUCCUUUGUGUUUAUGUGAAGCUUGCUUAUGGGCUUUGACUCAUUGGGGAGCAGGUACGUGUAAGUAACUGCAAACCAGAGAAAUAGGAUGAAAAAGGUUGAGAACAGGGAGUUCGGUGGGGAUUAAAAUUGUCCCUUUCUAAUGAGGAUCUCUUGUUGGCACAAAUAUGCACUGUUUGCUGGAGCA